CAAUGAUGUUGCUGAACAGAGAAAUAUACUUUGUAAGUGACCAACAGUGCUUUGUCCUCAGUAGCAGUGAUGGAAAGACUACAGACUCAAUACCUGUUCCAGAGUUAUUCUCCAGCCACGAGGAAGCAGACACACUGCUGAUCGUGUAUGCCAUCUUCUCUGAUCAGAACAUUGCUACUCCAAACACAGACAUCAUUAUUCGGUCCCCAGACACUGAUGUCUUUCUACUGAUGAUUGCAUUUGUUCAACAUUUCACACACAGUUUGAAUUUUGACACGGGUUGGGAUAAAAAAAGAAGAUGUCUA